AUGGUACGAACAAUCCAGGAUGAAUCUUGUCAAAAGUUUUGCUGCAAGUGCGGGUCUUUGAUUGUGUUUCCUGAAAGCAAGACCAAUCAUUUCCGUGUAUUCACUGCGAGUGCGCGUCCCCCCCCCCCCAACCCGGCUGUCUGUCGGACAACUACAACUCGCCGGCUCAGUGGCGGGGCGGGCGGGCAUCGCCGCCUCUCCGACUCGCUCGCGCCGCUCGCCCGCCACCCGCUCGCCGGGGCCGGGGGACACUGGACGUGCUCCGAGGACGCGGCCGCUGACGAGGCGGUCUGGCCGCCGCUCCCGCCGGGAUCUUGGACCAGACCCGCCGCCGCCUCCCGGCCGGCCCGUGCGCCCUUCGCCGGCCGCCGCCGCCGCGCUGAGCCGCUGAGCCGGACCUCCAGCCCGGCCGCUCGCCUCGCUCCGUUCCCGGCUGCCUUGGAGAGGUCGGAGCCGCGCUACCUCCUCCUCCUCCUCCUCCUUUUCUUUUCUUUUUGCUUUCCUCCCUUUUUGCUUUCCUCCUCCUUCUCCCCUCCCCGCCUUCUAUUUCCCCCCUUUGGGUCGCUCUCGCCUCUCCUAUGUUCGGGAAACCAGGACAAAAUGGACGUUCGAUGCCACUCGGACGCGGAGGCUGCGCGGGUGUCCAAGAGCGCGCACAAGGAGAGCCGCGAAGGCAAGGGCGCCGAGGGCAGCCUGCCCGCCGCCUUCCUCAAGGAGCCGCAGGGCGCCGCCGACGACUGUAACAAAAGUAAAUCCAAUUCCGCCGCCGACCCGGAUUACUGCCGCCGGAUCCUGGUCCGAGAUGCCAAGGGGUCCAUCCGAGAGAUCAUCCUGCCCAAGGGCCUGGACCUGGACCGGCCCAAGAGGACGCGCACGUCCUUCACGGCGGAGCAGCUGUACCGCCUGGAGAUGGAGUUCCAGCGUUGCCAGUACGUGGUGGGCCGGGAGAGGACAGAGCUCGCCCGGCAGCUCAACCUCUCGGAGACCCAGGUGAAGGUCUGGUUCCAGAACCGGCGAACGAAGCAAAAGAAGGACCAGGGCAAGGACUCGAGCUGGCGCUCGGUGGUGUCGGAGACGGCCGCCACGUGCAGCGUGCUGCGGCUGCUGGAGCAGGGUCGCCUGCUGUCGCCUCCCGGCCUGCCCGCGCUGCUGCCGCCCUGCGCCACUGGCGCGCUCGGCUCGGCGCUCCGCGGGCCCAGCUUACCGGCCCCUGAGCGCGGGCGCCGCUUGCGGGCUCGGCCCGCUGCUGCCGCCGCCGCUGCCGCUGCCGCCACCGGCCCGGGCCCGGCCAGCGCCGCCUCUCCGCACCCCGCCGUCGCCCCAGGCGCGGGGCCCGCGGGGCCCGGAGGACUGCAUGCGGGCGCGCCCGCCGCUGGCCACGGCCUCUUCAGCCUGCCGGUGCCCUCGCUGCUCGGCUCCGUCGCCGGCCGCCUGUCGUCGGCCCCGUUGACAAUGGCCGGGUCGCUGGCCGGGAAUUUACAAGAACUCUCCGCCCGCUACCUGAGCUCGUCGGCCUUCGAGCCUUACUCCCGGACCAACAAUAAAGACGGGGCCGAGAAAAAAGCGCUGGACUGA